AUGUCCGCCUCAAUUGCAUCGCCCGAGCCGGCCAUUUCAAAAUCCGAAAAGAAGCACAAAAAGGACAAGGCGUCCAAGUCAGAAAAGAAGAGAGACAGGGAGGAUGAUGCCCUGGCCGACAGAACCCGCAAGCACAAGAAAUCCAAGAGCGCAUCCGUCGAAGAGAACCAGGACGAAGAGGUCGAGGCUUCACAACUGCUGGACAAUGACGAUGCCGAAGUAGCGCACAAGAAGAAGAAGAAGGAGCACAAAAAGAAGCACAAGGAAGAGGAGCACGAGGUCGAGGAUGCUAGCGAAGAGAAGCCCAAGAAGAAGAAGAAGUCCAAGAAGCACGCCGACGAGGAAGCCGAGAACGAGGACGCUCCUGAGGCUGCCGAUGCCGAUGCCAAUGUCGUGGAUGUCGAACAACCCGCCCAGCAGACAUCCUCUGAAAUCUACCAACCUCCCGAUAUCCCUGCCAACCCUCAGUAUCCAUUCUACAGCCAGACCGUUUCUCUCUACGAGCCCAUAUACCCCAUCGGCUGGUCGCAACCAGUAACGAACAGCGAGUACCAACAUCUACAGCACCUCAAGAACAAAUACGUUCCGUCCUUGAGAGGCGUGUUGAUGAACUACAAGAACGUCGCUCUGGGCGAGAACCCCGGGCGCAAAGGUGCCGCGGCUUCAGAUGACGACGCGACCACCCUCAAGUCGGUCAACGAGUUUGCAGUUGGCUUUGGCUGGAUCACUGCUGAGGUCGACCUGUUUGUCCCUAGCCGUGGUGCGUGGAUGGAAGGCAGCAUCAACCUCCAGACCGAGGGCCACAUUGGUGUCGUCUGCUUUGGCCAAUUCAACGCCUCUAUUGAGGCUCGACGUCUGCCAUCUGCCUGGAAGUGGAUCUCUAACGAAGACCCCGAGGCCUAUGGCAUGGAGGAGACUGCAUCAGUGAUCACCGCAGACGACCACGGAGUUGUGCGCCAGAUCCACAGCACGGGAUUUUGGGUUGACGGAAAUGGAAAAAAGGUCAAGGGCAAGAUUCGUUUCCGCAUUCGCAACUUCGACGUCGGUGUCAGCGGCGAGACGAGCUACCUCAGUCUAGAGGGAACCAUGUUGGACAGGGAGGCGGAAAAGGCGCUCGUCAAGGAGGAGGCCGCAACGGCAGCUUUGAGAAAGGGAACCAAGGGAGCUCGCAAGGUCCAGCGAAGAAGAGCACCAGAGUUCGCCAUGACGCGUUUCAUGGAUGAGGCGGAGCAACCUGCCGAGGCGCAACCUGCUGAGGCGGAAGCGGCUACGGCAUAG